AUGAUUCCAAUUUUUAUGACCAUAAUUAUUGCAAGCACCAUCACCAUCGCAUUCUUCACAAACUCUUCUCCAUCAUUUGAAGUGUCGAGUUCCCCCAUUAAAGAAACAAACAGAUCGAUCGCCAAAACAAAUGCUGUUAUCCAAAACAUGAGCAGUUUGCUUAAGAAAAGAGACAACCAAAAGAAAGAAACAAGAACAUCGCCUGAAGUCACACUUACAAAAGUGAAAAUUGCAAUUGAAAACGUAUCACCGUUUAUAAGUUUAACCAAAAACGAUGAAAUAAAAAUGAAUUCAGAAACGACCAUGGUAACAACUGAAGUUGAUGAAGAAGAAAUGAUUUUAAGGUCUACCAAAAUCAAGGUUGGAUUGGUUGCAUCAGGCAAAUUGAAAUACAUCAUGUGGGCCUUGUUUGGUGCCGUGUGGAUUGUGUCGUUUUCUGUUGCAGUUUCAUUUUUUCUGAUGAAAAAAUGUAAAAAUGUAGAAGAAAAUGAAGAAGGUGAAGGUGAUGAAAAACAUGAGGAAGGAGAAGGUAGUGAGAUGAAAGAUGAGGAAGUGGUUGAAGAGAUGGCAGGGAAGAUGGCAGGAAAGAUGACACUCUCACCGGGGGAAGUUCCAGCAAAGGUUGAUAAGAUAAGAGAGGAAAUAUCAUUAGAUGUGGCAAAAGUUGAAAAUACAGCAAAUUCACUUACAACAUCGAACACGUUGAAACUUGAAAAUUCUUCAAUUCACUAA